AUGAGGGUACUUAAAGGGCUACCUCCUCACUUUGAGAUGCUGAAGGUGGUGUUGAACAACCAAUCAUCAUCGCUCACUAAGGAUCAGCUGCUUAUCUCUUUGAGGAGCGAGGAGAUGCGGAUUGGUGUCGCACCAAGAUCGGAUGGUGCAGCCACUUUGGAGCGGGUACGAAAGUGGGCAGCAGCGGCAGGGGAAAUUGGGACAAGGGAGGAAAGUAUGGAGGUAGUGGUAGCAGCAGCGGCACAAACUCGGGCAGAUGGGGUCAGGGGAAAGGCAAAGCAGGACGAUGUCCUCACCGACCUAAGGGAGGAAUUCCGACAUUCUUACAGCGGGUCCAACGGCAAGGCACAGGUGGCGGAUGAGGAGGAGCAGGAUGACGAGGCUGAGCCGGGUCACCCACAGUGCUUUGCCUACCUCCAUCACCCCAAUGGAGGCGUGGUCGGGCCAGAAGCUGCAUGCGGGCAUGGCUCGGAUUUGGGGUGCAUGGGGAGUGUCAUGCUGCAUGGGCAUGAGAAGGGUGGCAAGCUUGAUGCCCGCGCCGUCAUGUGUGUAUGUGUUGGGGUGGACAUGGAGAGCAAGGGCUGGCGCAUGUUGGACCCUCCUAUCAUGCGCAUUCGCAUUGCUCGGGAUGUUGAUUUUCUUGAGAAUGUGAUGUGGAAGGAUUGGGACAAGGCUACGAGCUUUGGGGAGCUCCUGCAGGGUGCCGCUGCGAUUUCUCAACUCCUCCCCCUUCCACUAACUCCACCCUCAGCAGCGGUUGAUGAUGCUGAUACGCCACCUUCAACACCACCACCAGCACCGCUGAGUGUGUCGGUGCAGCAGCAGCCUGCCCCUCUGCAGCAGCUUAGCGACCCCUCGGUCAUUCAGCGGAGAUCCGCUCCCCAGGCUUCUUCCUCUUCCUCCUCCUCUGGUCAGCGCCCUGUCACUCUCUCUACGAGCGCACAUACGGCACCAGCGACUACCUCCCCACCACCGGUCACGGGUUUGCAUGUGCUUGGUAUCCGGUCUGGUACAGGUGGUAAGGAGGUAGGGGGGGAUGCUGGUGUGGUUGAGGGUAUGUUGUGCUUGGCCAAGGAGGUGGAGGGUGUUCCGCUAGUAGGUGUGAGCACCAGUGAUGUCCCAUGCACGCUUGCUGAGGCACUGCAUGGCCCUGAGGACCCUGCAUGGAAGACAGGCGCUGAGAAGGAGGUGAAUACCAUGCGCACUAUGGGUGUAUGGGAUCCAGAGCCGCAAGCGCCUCGUGCUUGGAAUGAGGAGAUUGGUACCACCCUGAUUGCAGCAGGGUUUGACAGCAGUGCAAGCGAUGAGGCUUUGUACAUCAGGUUUGUGGAUGAAGAGCCUGUUUAUGUAUUGGUGUAUGUGGAUGACCUCUUGCUUGUGUCUCCACGCUUGGAGCAGAUUGGUCAGGUCAAGGAGGUGCUUGCUCAGAGGUAA